AUGCCCCCAGGUUUUCCAGACAAGAAGGCUGUGGACUGCAGCUCCGUGUCUCAUUCUCCUGCUGCUUUCGGUCCUGACUCUGACACAGACCCAAACCAGCACGGAGUCGGGGUCUCAUCGCCCCCAGGCUCACACUCGCUGCGCUAUUUUGUUACCACCAAGUCCCGUCCCGGGGUCCGGGAGCCCCGCGUCAUCAUCGUUGGCUAUGUGGACGACACGGAGUUCAUGAGCUUCAACAGUGACAGAGAAUCCCCCGAAGUGGAGCCACGUGUGCCAUGGGCGAAGCAGAUGGGGCGCGAUUAUUGGAAGUUGGAGAGAGAGAGUCUGGAGUAUUAUGCACAUGCAGCCCUAGAAAAUUUGCGAUUUGCAAUUCAGAUCUAUAACCAGAGCGAUGACGGCUCUCAUACCUUCCAGUGUUUCAUUGGUUGUGACAUGGGUCCAGACCGACGCCUCCUCCGUGGGCACUAUAGACAUGCCUUUGAUGGUCACGAUUACAUCAGCCUGAACGAGGACCUGAGAACUUGGACUGUGGCAGACAAGACAGCUCAGAUUGCCCAGCGACAGUGGGAGGAAAAAUAUGUGGCAGAGGACAUAGGCAUCUUCUUGGGGGGCCGGUGUCUUCCUUGGCUACUCUGGCACCUGGACCUAGGGAAGGAGAUUCUCCAGCGCUCAGACCCUCCAAAGGCACAUGUGACCCGUCACCCUAGACCUGAAGGUAAUGUCACCUUGAAGUGCUGGGCCCUUGGAUUCUACCCAGCUGAGAUCACCCUGACCUGGCAGAGGGAUGGGAAAGACCAGACCCUGGACAUGGAGAUGAUGGACACGAGGCCUGCAGGAGAUGGAAACUUCCAGAAGUGGGCAGCUGUGGUGUUGCCUCCUGGGGAGGAGCAGAGAUACACAUGCCAUGUGCACCAUGAGGGGCUGCCUGAGCCCCUCACCCUGAGAUGGGAGCCAUCUCCAUGGCCAACAAUUGGAAUGACUGUUGGUGUGGUUCUCCUUGGAGCUGUGGUUGCUGGAGCUGUGGCUGCCAUUGUGAUGAGGAGGAGGAAAAGUGCAGGUAAGGAAGGGAUUGGUGUCUAA